AUGCAUGCCGCAGGCGAUGCAGCUACGGCGGAGCUGCGACAGCUGCUCACAGCCGACGGACUUUCGGGGAGGAUUACGCUCACCACAGACAUAUGGACUAGUGAGAACGGCCUAGCUUUCAUGGUGGUGACAGCGCAAUGGGUCAUGAGCGACUUCAGGCUGGAGCAGGCCAUUCUCGACUUCAGGCCGCUAGAGAAGGAGUUGGAGGAGGUCAUUGUGGAGUGGGGACUAGCGGCAGGGGUGGGGGCAGCAGGGCGUGGGGCGGUCCGGGGAGAUGGCUACCGCUCUUUUCAGGCGGAGCUGAUGGCUGAGAUGGCAGCCAUGGAGGCAGUGGAGGGGGUGCAGCAGCUGGACAAAGUGAACCAGUAUGUGGCGGAGGGGAGGCAUGAGGAUUUUUGCCCCUUAGUGUACUAG